AUGGGUAACUUUGACUUAGAAACCUUUAAGAUGGAAACUCCACAAUUUGAUCCAAGAUUUCCAAAUCAAAAUCAAACCAAACAUUGUGCUCAAUCUUAUAUUGAUUAUCAUAAAUGUGUUAAUGUUAAAGGAGAAGAAUUUGAACCAUGUCAAAUUUUUUUCAAAACUUUUACUUCGUUAUGUCCAGUUGAUACUGUUGAUAAAUGGAAUGAUUUAAGAGAAGCUGGUAAAUUCCCAGUCAAACUUGAUUAA